AUGGCUGGAUUGUUCCCACUUACGCGGCAAUUGCUCGUUGCGUAUGCGUUGACGAAGUACUAUCGUGCUGCGGAGUCAAGUUUGUGGCGACGCCGGUAUUUGUCAACUUUGGGACCAGAACAGAGUGCCUUAGAAAACGAGCGAGAAGCAGAAGUGUGGUGUGCUUUUCAGGAGAACUACGAGACGGGUGGUAGCAGAGGAGGUCUUCAAGGUUGGGUAGAUCCAUCAAAAGGUCCAUCAUUGAACAAAUUACUGUCAGCGAC